UAUAUAUAUAUAUAUAUAUAUAUAUAUAUAUGCGGCAACGGGAUGAAUGUUAUUUUAUUACGGGGACUUUUUCGGGGAAAUUCGCGUGGGAGAGAACUCAUCACCUUGACGUCAGGUCCGAUGAAGUAGUGACGUCCUGGCAGUCCUCAUUGUUAGACAGUCCAUCAUCAGCGUCGACGUUCGCAAUACACAGAGCCUUUCGGAAUUUUAGUGUUGAUCUCGCGCGCGUCCCAGUUUCCUGUUGAGACUUGUCGCAACACGAAGGCUGUGUUUCCAAUUCUCUCGCAACCAUUUCUCCUCAUAACGUGACCGUUAUGUACGAAACAAACAACGAAAAGCAACAGGGGAUCGAUAAUGUCGCUUUCCAAAUAGAUGAGCCUCAUAUCGCGAAAAAUGGCAGGAGAACUUAUUAUCCCGGGGACUCGACGAGCAUCCAGAAUGUGCAGGUCGGCGAGUCAAAGGAGGCUCGGGCGACAUGGAACAAUAGCGUGGAAUUUCUUAUGUCGUGUAUCGCCAUGUCAGUCGGUUUCGGCAAUAUCUGGCGAUUCCCAUUCACGGCUUACGAGAACGGUGGCGGCGCCUUUCUCAUACCGUACGUGAUUUUACUCUUUCUCGUGGGAAAGCCAUUCUACUUUCUGGAGAUGAUCAUCGGACAGUUUUCCGGCAAUUCGUCCGUCAAAGUCUGGAGCAUGUCACCAGGUUUUAUUGGAGUCGGAUGGGCGCAGUUCUUCUCGACAAUCGCUUUAGCAACUUACUAUAGUUCAUUGAUGGCGUUGACAUUUUAUUAUCUGAUCGCUUCUUUUUCCGCUGAGUUACCUUGGGCCACUUGUCUGAAGGAAUGGGGCGACACGUGUGUCGAUUCAAGUACAAAAAGAAAUCAUAGUGCGGAAGGAGUAAAUGUCAACAUCCUUGAUAAUUUCUUAAAUGGCAGCAAUAAACUUCAAAGCUCAGCCGAAUUAUAUUUUAGACAAGUAGUUUUACAUGAGAAAGAGAGUAUCGACGACGGGGUCGGAUGGCCGAAUUGGAAGCUGACACUCUGCCUUCUUAUCAGCUGGGUGGCAGUUUGUUCGGUGAUCUUUAAAGGUGUCAGAAGCUCCGGGAGAUUUUCCUAUUUCCUCGCCAUUUUUCCGUACAUUGUGCUAAUCUUGCUGCUGAUUCGCGCGGUCACUUUGGAUGGAGCCAUGACGGGAAUCCUCUACUUCAUCACCCCAAAGUGGUCGAAACUCUUGGAACCGACUGUUUGGUACGCCGCGGUGACGCAAUGCUUCUUCUCGCUUUCCGUGUGCUUCGGCAGCAUCAUUACGUAUUCCUCGCACAACGGGUUCAAGCACAACAUUUAUAGAGAUGUGAUAAUAAUUACUUCUCUGGAUACGAUUACGAGUUUGUUGGCUGGCUGUACAAUAUUCGGGAUUCUCGGCAAUCUGGCGUACGAGUUAGGGGUGGAAGACAUAUCCCAAGUAGUCAGAGGUGGAGCUGGCCUGGCAUUCAUAUCUUAUCCGGACGCAAUAGCAAAGUUUAGUUUUCUACCGCAGCUAUUCGCCAUACUGUUUUUCGUAAUGAUGUUUGUCCUUGGUGUCGGUAGUGCUGUGGGAAUGAUUACGGGAAUCAUUACAGUAGUAAACGAACAGUUUCCAAAACUGAAGACUUGGCAAAUUGUUGUUCCAACUUGUACUCUAGGAUUUUUAAUUGGAACAGUUUAUGUAACACCAGGCGGUCAGUUUAUCUUAACUUUAGUAGAUUAUUACGGUACUUCGUUUGUCGUUUUCAUCUUGGCGUCCUUCGAAAUGACUGGAGUGGUAUGGGUAUAUGGAUUUGAAAACUUCCUGGAGGAUGUAGAAUUUAUGUUGGAUCGAGAACUGAGCGUUUACUGGAGGAUAUGUUGGCUUAUAAUUACGCCAUUGCUAUUAAUAACGAUUUUUAUUUACACGGUAGUCACAUUGUCGCCUCUAACCUACAGCGGAAGAUCAUUUCCGGCAUCUGCGCACGCCGCCGGAUGGACGAUACUUUGCAUAGGUAUUCUCCAGAUUCCGCUGUGGAUGCUGAUCGCGAUGCUGAGGAAUCGAAAUUUACCCCUCUCACAAAUGUUGAAGAGAGCCUUUGCACCUGCAAAUGGAUGGGGUCCACGAGAAGUGCAGCAGUGCAAAGAUUGGAAGAUCUAUAAAGAGGAGAGAGCGAGAGCUCGGGAGAAGCGAAUUCAGCCAAUCUGGAAACAAAUAGCUUGCAUUCUCUUUAACAUGGAACCAAAAUAAUGUGCAAUUUUAUAUGCUAUACUUUAGAAUUGCUUGCAUUUUGAUAGUUUUACCAUUUUUCUGCCGCGGCAGGCUCCAUGGCAGGAAAAAUUGACGAAUGUAUCUAAAAAAAUUAGACCUGUACCUGUAUAUGUGAAAACUGCGUAGAAACUACUUUAUAUCUAUUCGUUAUGUGACUUCAAUCAAAUUUAUACAAUGAUUUUAUUUUAUAUAUAUAUUAUA